AUGCUGAAUUGGAUCAAAGUGAUAGCCAUCUUUUUAGUUCUUCAUUUUGUAUAUUGUGCUGGUAGUACGUUUCGAAGGCACCGUAUCUAUCGUCUCCGUAUUCCCAGAGAUGUCGCAAAAUCUUUCAUGGAGGCCCUGGAGGCAGGGGAAGACAAUACACAAUAUGACAUCCUCCAGUCACAUCGAUUGCGUGGCGACUACUUAGAUAUCAUGGUAGGACCAUCCGCCCUCAAAGAAUUCAAAAAGCUUAUCCAAGCUCACAAAGUUUCCGCCCAAAUUAUUGACAACGACGUAGAAAGGUCCAUCAAACGCUCGAAGCGGGCCAACAUGAGAGCGAUGUCGAGAAUUCGGUCACGCAGAUCAAGUGGACGUCUUAUGUCACAUGAUGCUUACUUUCCGUUCACUGUGAUGGAGAAUAAUCUACGUGAAAUUGCUGAAAAGGUUCAAAUCGCAACUCUUGAGGAACUUGGAAAGACCAUAGAGGGGAGAUCCAUAUGGCUUUUGAAGAUAUCGACCAACAGGUCGCUCCCUAUUAUUUGGAUUGAUGCCGGAAUCCACGCUCGCGAGUGGAUUGCUCCCGCCUCGGCCCUCUACAUCAUCGACAGGCUCCUUUCGUGGAAGGGAUCCAAAGUGCUUCAAAAAUAUCAGUUCUAUGUUGCACCUGAAAUAAACCCCGACGGUUACGCAUUCAGUUUCACGCGAAGUCGUUACUGGCGGAAGAAUCGUAACAAAACUGCACAUAGUGACUGCUACGGCGUUGACCUAAAUCGAAACUUCCCAUUCAAGUGGGGCUUCAGUGGAUCUUCAUCAAAUCCGUGUGGUGAAAUCUUCAGAGGCCUUAGUGCAGCCGAUCAAGCAGAGACACAAAGUAUAGUAAAAAAGUUAACAUCAAUUGCGAACCAAACAAAGCUGUUCAUUACGCUCCACUCAUACGGACAGUUGAUCUUGACGCCCUAUGGAUUUCAGAGAGGUUUGCGCCCAGCUAACUACGAUGAACUGCUGCGACUGACUCUAAAGACUAUAUACCGGAUUUGGAAGCAACACGGAGACGUAUAUUCAACUGGAAGCGCUGCUGACCUCCUGUGUUCCUCAAAGACCAGUCUUGACAUUACUUUAGAUGCUGCUGCGGGUGGCUCAGAUGACUUCGCAUGUGGAUCUUUGAAGAUUCCAUACACCUACACGUUUGAAUUACCAGACCUUGGGAGCUACAACUUCUUGUUACCACCGGCAUAUAUUACACUGGUUGGUGAAGAAAUGUGGACCGCUUUGGAAACCUUCGUCGAACACAUGAAGUAG